AUGUUGGCUAAUUGUUUCUUCAUAGCUCUCGGUUCUACAGCUGGACCCGGAGUUGUUGAAUUUUGGAAAAAAUUUCUCGAUGCAAAAAUAGUUUUCCCGAUACCACAAGAUAUGGAAGAAGCUGAAUUAAAUGUUUUAAAAUCUUAUUACACAAUCGAAAGCGGUCAUGUCUGUCUAAAUAAAGGUGUGGUUACCGAUUCAGAUGGUAUGCUAUACAACAAUGGAGAGAUCACUAAUAUACGAUUGCCGUCAAAGCUGAUGGAUAGUUUUGGAGGGAUUCUGUGCUUGCCGAAUGGCGUUUUCUUUCUCGGAGACGAGCGCGAAUAUGGAUCGAAACUUCUCAUACGAAAUUGCUAUCUGCAGUUGCUCGAGUUAAUCGAAAAAGAAUGUGGUAAAGAGGGCCCAGCCUCUACUGGUUACGCAAUUACCGGUACACCUGGUAUCGGAAAGACAUAUUUUGGAUUAUACCUCCUCUUUUACAUUCGUUACAAAUAUCCUAAAGCGACAAUUAUCUGGAGGGGUGAUGAAAAUAAAUGCUAUCAAUUCUCGCCAGAUGGUAAUGUGCAAAAAGGGAAUUUCAGCCUGUUUGACAAGAUGCUAGGAAAUUCUGAUAACUUCUACAUUGCUGAUGCACAUACUAUGACACGGUGUGAAGCCUAUAAGAUCCUGCUCACAUCACCAAAGGCAGAAAGAUUCAAUGAGGCUGUAAAAUGGAAUGGUUUUACCCAAUAUUAUAUGCCAGUUUGGGAACUCGAGGAAAUUACCGCACUUUGGACUCUUCUAUAUAAAGGCAAGAAAAAUAAAGAAGGUAAAGAGUUCACAUUUGAAUUAUUCGGGUCCUUGCUAGACCGGUGGGGUCCAAUACCCAGGUCAGUUCUUUUAAAGUGGGAUGAUGAGACAUAUCAAAAGAAAUUCAAUAGAUUAAUUGACGAAACCGAUUUGGAAGGCUGUAUGAACUCCAUUGAUCGUGAAGGCAUGCCCAAAGAUACUAUUAGUGGUAGACUCGUACAUCUCGAUGUAGAUUCAACAUUUACGGAAGUUGUGUAUCGUUUUGCUUCUCCGAUGGUAUCUAAUUCAAUAAUCCAGAAAUAUGAAACUAAAACAAAAACAAAGGUUCGUGAUUUCAUUAUGAGCAGUCAUGAAUAUUCAACGGGUGCUGGAUUUCGAGGCAACCUCUUUGAAGAUCUUGCCCAUAAAGAGUUGCAAAGGGGUAUUAUGUUUAGAAUACGGUGUCUGAAUGAUGAUAACUCAGAGAUUACUGAAAGACAUAUCCAGAAACUGGAAUGUAAUUGGUUCAUGACAUUGAAUGAGGCACAUAAAGAGCAUUAUAACAGACCAAAAUCAAAGACAUUUGCAUCGAUUGAUUCUUUUAGCCUUGAUAACAACACCUUGGCCUUGUACCAAAUUACUGUUUCAAAGAAUCACGGCAUAAAGGUAAUGAUAAUGGACAUGUUAUAG